AUGCCAGAAGUCACGUCCACCAAGCUGUGGGACACGCGCAGCUUCCUCUCGCCGCCCUCGCCCUCGACCUCCUCGUCGCCUCCCCCACCAAACGCCCUCAUCAUCCUCAACACGCCGUUCCCUCCUCAGCCCGUCUUCCGGCGACUCUGGGCCUCCGCGAGCGUCCGGUUCUGCGCCGACGGCGGCGCCAACCGGCUGUACGACCGCUUCGUGCGCGGCAAGGGGCGCUUGGACGACGGUGACGGCGCGUCGGACGACGCGAGCGAUGGCGACGAGGCGACCUGGCUCCCGGACUUGGUCCUUGGCGACUUGGACUCGCUGCGGCCAGAGGUCAAGGAGUACUACGUCGGCAAGGGCGUCCCCGUCGAGCACGACCCGGACGAGUUCUCGACCGACCUGGGCAAGAACGUCGCGCGCCUGUCGCAGCUCGAGCGUCGGGGCGCAGCGGCGCCGCCGCCGCAGCAGCACCAGCUCGUCCUCGUCGGUGGGCUGAGCGGCCGGCUCGACCAGACGGUGCACACGCUGCACGCGUUGACGCUGCUCGUCGAGAAGGAGGGGCGCGAGAGGGUGUGGGCCGUCGGGAGGGAGAGCGCCGCGGUCGUGCUCGCAAAGGGCAAGCACGAGCUCCGGAUCGACCUGUCGACGUUUGGCAAGACGUGCGGCAUCCUCCCUCUCGGCUCGGCGGCCGCAAGAGUUACGACGACGGGCCUCGAGUGGGACCUCGGACCGACAGCCUACAUGUACCCGACCUCGCUCUCCGAGGCGAUCAGCACGUCGAACCACCUCGUGCAGGAGCAGGUCACGCUCGAGACGGACGAGACGGUCGUGUGGACGAUGGAGGUGCGCGGCGGGGCAGAGUAAUCGAGACGCUCUCUUUUCCUGCCCUUU